AUAUGUAUACACAUUCAUGCCACGAAUCGCGUGGAGCGCGAAUGCUGAUAAAUGCAUGAAGCAGUACUCGCGAGAACGUGGUGUAGCAUUGUGUCUUUCAAUUCGAAAUAAAAAUCCAAGGAAAAAGGAAGCAAACGUGAUAAUGUGUUCUCCGCCGGCACGGAUAGUCGCGAUACGAAAGGAAUUCAACAACUCCUCCUAGGUUAUGUCACCCAAGGAACGUGAUACUUCGUUUGGAGACGCGAUCUUUGCGACCAAAGAUGCAGAUGAAUUAUUACGAAGUGCUCGGCUGUAACAGAGACUCUAGCUACAAGGAGAUCAAGCACGCUUAUCACCAACGUUUGCUGCAGUUUCAUCCUGAUAAGAACGAUGCCACAGACAACCGCGAAUUUCACGACGUCAGGGAAGCUUGGCGCGUACUCGGACAUCCACACUCGAGAAAGGAGUACGAUGCAGCUUGCAAGCAGGAGGAGUUGGAGGAAGAAGACCAUCCGGUGUACGAGCGUCUGUCACCGGGCGAACUUGAAGAGUCCGACGACACGUUCUUCUACCGCUGCAGAUGCGGCGGCUGUUACUUUGUUGAAAAAGACGAUCUCCGAGAGAAGGACACUGCGCUUCGAGUGAUGUGUGAUGGUUGCACACUCAUUAUCGUUAUUCAGACAUAAUAAAUAUGUAAUUUAUGUAAAAAGAAUAUAAUUAUUUUUUUAUAAACAUUUUUCUGCGAGUAUCUCCUGCGCAAUAUUAUUAAACAUGCUUACACGAGGAGAUGUCUGUGUGUACUAAGCACAAUCCUCUUUCCCCACUUUUAAUUGUACGAUGUAAAGAGAUAAUUUACAGCUGCGUAUGUAGAAAGAGGUCGAAAUCGAACAUUUAUUUUGUACAAAAUAUGUUUCUCUUAGCACAAGAACAUGUGUACAUUCGCAAUAAAUUUUUAAAAAAAG